GGGGGGAGGAGAAAGGGGCGGGAGGCCGAGGGGUUUGCUCCAGACUCGGCGACGACUGGGUUGUCAUGGAGCCGCGGGCCCGUGCCGGCGCAUGCGCCACCUGACCCACGGGCUGUGCUUGGAGUGGCGACCCCGACCCCGGCCCGAGGGCAGCCCAGAUGAAAGAGUCCUAGUGAACUCACUGCCAGCCCAGAAAACAUGGAGAGGAAAACCCCGUCCAGAGAGAGCCCCAGAAGACUCUCGGCCAAACUAGGCAAAGGCACGGAGGUGAAAAAAGUGGCUCGUCAGCUCGGCAUGGCAGCGGCCGAGUCAGACAAGGACUCUGGAUUUUCAGAUGGGAGUUCGGAGUGUCUGAGCUCGGCGGAGCAAAUGGAGUCCGAGGACAUGCUGAGCGCCUUAGGCUGGAGCCGGGAAGACCGGCCAAGACUGAACUCCAAGGCUGCAAGCGGUGCCUUCCCCACUCUGUCCCCCAUGGUCGUCAUGAAGAACGUGCUGGUCAAACAGUUAUUUCCGAGGAACACAAACAGAUUUUCAACAAGCCAACCUGCAGAAGCAGGUAACAAGGAGUGUGCUGUUUUCAUCUGCUUUCAGGGCAGCAGCUCAUCCCAGCUCCAGUCAUGGACCGUCCAGCCCUCCUUCGAAGUGAUCUCGGCACAGCCACAGCUCCUGUUCCUUCACCCGCCUGUGCCAUCGCCUGUCAGCCCAUGUCACGCUGGCGAGAAAAGGUCUGACUCCAAGAACUACUUGCCCAUUCUGAAUUCUUACACCAAAAUAGCCCCACACCCAGGCAAAAGGGGCCUCUCCCUCAGCCCAAAAGAGAAAGAUCGUGGAACGCAGAAGAAAAUCUGUACUGAGAGACCUGGGCUGAGCCUGCCCGCCAGUGAGCCCACCAAGACAGGUGCUGUGUCAUCCAGUCCCCCGACUGCAGCACCCCCCAGUGCCAAGCUGGUGGAGGACUCAGCUCUGCAGGGUGUGCCCUCCCUCGUGGCAGGCGGAAGUCCACAGACUCUUCAGCCCGUGUCCAGCAGCCAUGUGGCUAAAGCUCCCAGCUUGACCUUUGCUUCCCCCGCCAGUCCUGUCUGCGCAUCAGACAGCACUCUGCAUGGGGUAGAGAGCACCUCCCCCCUGUCACCACUGUCAGCUAAUUAUAGCUCACCUUUGUGGGCCGCAGAGCACCUCUGCCGCAGCCCAGAUCUCUUCUCAGAGCAGCUGCCCAGCAAACACAGGCGCUUUCAGAACACCCUGGUAGUCCUGCACAAGUCCGGCUUGCUGGAGAUCACUUUGAAAACCAAGGAGCUGAUUCGUCAGAACCAGGCAACACAGGUGGAGCUAGACCAGCUAAAGGAGCAGACCCAGCUGUUUAUAGAGGCCGCCAAGAGCAGGGCUCCUCAGGCUUGGGCCAGGCUGCAGGCAUCGCUAACCCUGGGGGCUAGUCAUGCUAGCGGUGACCUAGAAGCAUUCUCUGAUCACCCAGACAUAUAGCACAGAAGGCAGACUUUCCUGUUACUUGAAUGGUUCUUUUGCUGGUUCUUAACUCUCUUGCUGUUAUCUUACUCCUGUUUCCCAAAGCUUAUGUAAGGUCUUUUCCUUCUACUCUUAAACUGUUCAACAGUUCACUUAUGAAGCCUCAUGCCAAUCCCUGGCUGCUGUCUUAACCUGUGAUCUGUGCCCAGUUUACAUAUGUCUCUGUUCCACUGAGGACCUCAGAUUUGGGGUGUCCUUGAGUCCCCUUUCCUUAGCCUGCCGGUGCUUAGGUGGGUCACGGGGCAAAGCAGAAGAGAGGAGUGUGUGGAGCUCUAGCUGUCACCUCCCACCGUCCCAGUCACUAACCCUGAUCACCUCCCACUGUCCCACUCACUAACUGAUCAGAGGUGUAGUGACAUGGAUGAGCGUACUGAAUGACACCUGUCAAGCCAGGGAGUAGGUGACAAGGAUCCCUUCCCAGAUCUUCCCUUGAAUAUCUUAGAGAAAAAUAAGAGGAGGUGUGGUUGCAUUCCUUAAGGCAUCAUGCCAUUUGGCCAAAACCUAAAAUGCUUUGGGCACAGGCUGGGCCUAGGGUGCAAACACUUAAUGACUUAAAGCUUUGUUUUUUUAAACUUGAAAGUCAAGGGAAAAGGGUGGUACCAUUUAACUCUGACACUUUCAUCACAAACCAGGUUUCUCUUCACUUUAACUGGUAGGCAAAAUAACUUCAGCUUUUUAAAGUAUGGAACGGAUGCAGUACCAUCUGGAGUUACAGUUGAUGAAUUGCUUUUCUGAGUUAGAGUCUGAAGAAACACAUGGUCAGUAUCCCUUGGUCAGGAGCUGGAAGAUUCCAGUAAUUUGUGCUUUUUUUCUUUCUACUUUUGAAACAAUGCAACCUGUUUUAUGUGUGAAAAUCUUUUUUUUUUUUUUUUUUGUAUACAGAGGAAGGGAGAGGGAUAGAGAGCCAGAAACAUCGAUGAGAGAAACAUCGAUCAGCUGCCUCCUGCACACUCCCCACCGGGGAUGUGCCCACAACCAAGGUACAUGCCCUUGACCGGAAUCGAACCUGGGACCCUUGAGUCCGCAGGCUGACGCUCUAUCCACUGAGCCAAACUGGUUAGGGCUAUGUGUGAAAAUCUUAAAGAUAGCUUCAUGGUGCCUGAGAGUGAAUGAGUGGUGUAAAUUAACCCUCCGCUGCCACUUUUUCUUCUUUUGUUUUCCUAAAAGAGGAUGUGAUUAUUAAGCUCGAUAGAUUUGAGAUUAAAAUCAUCCUAAUAAUUUUAAUUUCAUAAAAUUAUAUGAAAUAUAAGCCCACAAAGUUGGCUUCUUACCAGUUUCGCCUCCAAAGCUUUCAUGUGACACACAGUGACCUGGAGUGAGCAGGAGCAGCGUCUUCUGUGUUUCUGCCAUGCGUUGGGUAUUGGCAGCAAGCCCAGAGGUGUGGUGUUGCGGAUGUGAGGUUCACCUGGGAAUGGAGGCUGUGAUGGGAAUUUACAGACACACAUGCUUUCAGCUUCAUCAAGGUAAGCUGGAUUCUAAUAGUAAAGCUUUAAACGUUUCCUCCUCUCAUUUAAAAAUGUCAUCCUCUUGAAAAUCUAACUAACAACUUCUGGAUGACCAGCUUUUACACAGGAAAAUGUUCUUGAAGUUUUACCAAGGCCAGAAAGCAGCUAAAGCUCAUAUCUGCUAGGUAGUGGUAACUCUAACGUAGUUUAAAAAUUACAAGGCUUUGGAUCGCCUCCACUUUAUUCUCAAACGUGCAUGAGUUAGGUAAGGCCGAUUUACUAGUAGAAAUAAAUAACUUGGUAAAAUCUCUAGACACCUGAUUAACGCAGAACUAUUACCUGCCAUUUGCUUUCUGAAAGAGUGUCAGAGAUUAGAGCCAGUGUGUCUUUAAGCAGACCCAGCUCCUUUGAGUAUUUUGUCUGGGCCUCCCCCUUCUGCCUCCCCAAGUCUGCAGUACCACAGCAGCUCUGCUCUGCGCACCAUGCCAGGAAGCUUCCUUUUUGGCAGAAUGCAUUUGGCGGCAGAGCUACAGAGACAGGUGCGUUCGGAACAGCCUGGCGCUAGCCAUGAGCCUUACUGAGUGUCAAAAUCUGAACACAAUUGCUGAGAACCAAAUUUAUUCCAUCCGAAAACCUGGAGCUCUAAGCCUCUUGGAAUCUUCUUCCCAGAUUAAGGUUUGCAUUCCCUUCUGUCACAGUAAAAGAUGAUGAAAGCCAUCGUUGAUCCUCACAGCUCUUGUCUGGCCUUAUGACUUAGUGCUGGAAGUCUCUAAGCUCUUAGCUUGGGUGCUUGUUGUCUAGUGGAGCUUGGGGUAGGCGAAGCCACGUAGAGAAGGAGAGUCCAUUGAAGCUAGCAGACAUUGGGGCCAGGGGCCAUUUCAGCAAAUGGAGGAACCUUGGAGUUGACCAGAAAGACCUCCGUUGGUUGCACAAGGCUGAUUUGAUCUGGUAUGAUGUCCCGUGGCGGAGCUACUGUUUUCUGAACGUGUGAAGCCAUUCUUAGCUCAAAUCAGUCCUUCUGACAGAUUUUGUUGGCAAUAUUUAAAAAAAAAAAAACAACUAGAAAAAGCUGCUGAUUGAAUUGGUUAUGGGAAUGGAGUUUAAUGACAUUGUAAUUUAUUGCUCUCAUUACCGUUUAUUGAUUAUAGUAUUGUCUGACUUUAUUGAUUCCUUCAGCAGAAGGUAACUCAUGCAUACAUCGAAGUGUUUUUCCAGUUAUGAGUUCUUUAGAGUAGAGAUUUCUUUACCAAAUGUGAAUUCUUUUGAAGAAGUAUGAAGUUUUGUAGAAAUUGACUGUGAAAUGUCAGAUUAAAAUAAAAGACACAUACUUGAAAAUUA